AUGUCUAGAUUCGGCGCAUCCAACCUCCACCAGCGCGACUCGCGCAGCGCCCUGUUCGAGGGCUACAACAGCGGCGGCGGCGACGCGACACGGCGGCACCCGAGUCCGCUGGCCGGCGGCUACGGCUACAACGGCGGGAAUCAGUCGUCGUCGCAGCAUCUGGGCGUCGACAACAACGGUCGGGGAGGUAGCGCGGGAUACAGGCCAGCGACGCCGAAUUCGAGGGGACAGUACAGCGACGCGACGCUCAACGAGCUCGAGAGCCAGAACGACGAGCAUGUGGCGGGGAUCCUGGGCAAGGUCAAGGUGCUGAAGGAGAUGACGACAGCAAUCGGCGACGAGAUCCGCGACUCGUCGGCCCUGGCCGAGAAGAUGAACGAGUCGUUCGACAUCACGCGCGUGCGCCUGCGCGGCACCAUGAACCGCAUGAUGGUCAUGGCCGAGCGGACGGGCGUCGGCUGGAAGGUGUGGCUCGGCUUCUUCGCCGCCGUCGUCAUGGUCUUCACGUACGUGUGGCUGUUCUGA